AUGGUGAUUCUCCAGCCCGAUCAAACUACCUCAAACGGGUUCCAUAAGAGAAAGCUUGAUGGUGGACUAUCUCUCGGUUCCGUUACACCUGAAGCUAAGCGGCUAAAGAGCUCUCUAUCACCUAAAGUCAUUGACUUUUCUCAACCAUAUUCCAUCAGUAACAUGCUUGAAGCUCUUGAUGAUGGUAAAUAUGGGAGUGUUACUAAAGAAUUGCAAGAGAUAGCUGAUAUGAGGAUGGGAUUGGUGAAGCAAUGUAUCUCGUUAUACCCAUCGCUGGCGAAUGUUGUGUUCGGAGACGGCAAUAGUCAGAAGAUGGAGCUUGUGAGUUUGGAUAAUCGACAGGUCAUCGAUUUGGAAGGUGUCAUCGAUUUGGAUGAUGAUGAUGACGAUGCUUCGAAGAAAGCUCUCUGUGUGGUUCCUUCAGCUUUAACUGAGAUUGUGAAUCUUGAUUCUGAUGAUGAAGAGGCUGAGGGUUUGAAGCCUUUGUAUCCAUUUCAGUCAGGUCUUGUGCAGCAUCAGAAGAAUCAAGAGGAUGUGGUGCCAGUCACUCCAAAAUUCGCUUUUGAGGAUGUUGAUUUAGGGAAGGGAAAGGAGAUGGUCGUGAUCUCUGCGUCAAGAUAUAUGGAGGAACAAACAAGGAGAGACGAAGUCCUUUCCAUAGAAAAUGGUGUGGUUAGUGACAAAGGUGUCUACGCGGGACAAACAAGAGCAGAGAAAAUCCUUGCCAUAGAAAAUGGUGCGGUUCACGAUAAAGGUGUGUACGUGGGAGUUGAGGAUGAUGUCAGUGAUAACGAGUCUGAAUCAGCAGAUGAGGAUUUUGGUAAUGUCUGGAACGAAAUGGCGUUGGGACAAAUGUGGUCCAAGGAUGUAGCCAGGGAGACUUCACAUAAGGGACCAAAAGAAGAUGUAGUGGAAGACUGUGAGCACUCUUUUAUUCUAAAGGACGAUAUGGGUUAUGUUUGCCGUGUCUGCGGAGUUAUUGAGAAAAGUAUACUAGACAUAAUUGAUGUAAACUUCAGCAAAGCAAAACGAAGCACGAGAACAUAUGCCUCUGAAACUAGGAGCAGAAGGUUCGGUGAAUCUGAUGUUGAAAUUAAGAUUUCUGAAGAUGGGCUGAUGAUAGGUGGACUUUCUGCUCAUCCAGUGCAUGCUAACAAAAUGAAGCCUCAUCAGAUUGAGGGAUUCCAGUUCCUUUGCAGCAAUUUAGUGGCAGAUGUUCCUGGUGGUUGCAUCAUGGCUCAUGCUCCAGGUUCUGGAAAAACCUUCAUGAUCAUCAGUUUCAUGCAGAGCUUCCUUGCAAAGUAUCCUCAGGCUAAGCCACUGGUUGUGCUUCCAAAGGGAAUUUUGUCUACUUGGAGAAGAGAGUUCGUGAGGUGGCAAGUUGAAGACAUGUCACUGCUUGAUUUCUAUACUUCUAAAGCAGAUAACCGUGCACAGCAGCUAGCUAUUUUGAGACAGUGGAUGGAGAAGAAGAGUAUCUUAUUUCUUGGGUACCAGCAGUUCUCAGCUAUUGUUUGUGAUAAUGAUACAAGUGCAGACACGCUUUCUUGCCAGGAGAUACUGCUCAAAGCACCUUCGAUCCUCAUUAUGGAUGAAGGACACACUCCAAGGAAUGAUCAAACAAAUAUGUUGCAGGCCCUUUCCCAAGUCCAAACGCCAAGAAAAGUUGUCCUCUCAGGAACGCUUUAUCAGAACCAUGUGAAGGAGGUUUUCAACAUUUUGAACCUCGUUCGACCCAAGUUCCUCAAGCUGGAUACCUCCAAGUCUAUUGUGAAAAGGAUCUUGAGUCGUGCUCCUAUAUCCCAUGUCAGGUCUCAUUUGGGAAGCAACUCAGAUGUGUCUUCGGCUUUCAAUGAAAUUGUGGAGCAUACACUGCAGAAAGGCGAGGAUUUCAAGGUGAAAAUUAGCUUAAUCCAAGAUUUGCGAGAGAUGACAAGGAAGGUGCUUCAUUACUACAAAGGAGAUUUCUUAGACGAGCUUCCUGGACUUGAUGAUUUCACUGUGGUUCUUAAUCUGUCUCCAAGGCAGGAGUCUGAAGUGCACAAGUUAUGGAAAGAGAAGAGAAAGUUUAGGGUUUCGGCUGUGGGAAGUGCCAUCUACCUUCAUCCCAAGCUGAAAGCUUUCUCUGAGAAAACUGAUGAUGUCACUGUCUCUGUCUCUGAUGCAAGAAUGGACGAAAUGCUUGAGAAGCUUGAUGUGAAUGAAGGCGUCAAGGCAAAGUUUUUCCUCAACUUGAUAGACCUGUGUGACUCAGCAGGUGAAAAACUCUUGGUUUUCAGCCAGUAUCUCGUUCCGCUGAAGUUUCUUGAGAGACUAGCUGCUGUGGCUAAGGGAUGGAAACUAGGGCAAGAAGUUUUUGUUCUUACAGGCGAAUCAAAUACUGAGCAGCGUGAGUUGGCAAUGGAUAGGUUCAACAAUUCACCAGACGCCAAAAUCUUCUUUGGCUCGAUAAAAGCAUGUGGAGAAGGUAUCUCACUCGUUGGAGCAUCCCGCAUACUAAUUUUGGAUGUUCCUCUCAACCCGUCUGUGACACGCCAAGCGAUCGGCAGAGCAUUUCGACCUGGACAGACGAAGAAGGUGCAUGCGUAUAGAUUGAUCGCUGGGGAUUCACCUGAGGAGGAAGAUCACAAGAUGUGCUUCAAGAAGGAAGUCAUCUCAAAGAUGUGGUUCGAGUGGAACGAGUACUGUGGAUACCGCAACUUUGAGGUAGAGACAAUCGACGUGGAUGACGCUGGUGAUACUUUCCUUGAAAGUCCUGCCUUAAGGGAAGACAUAAGAGUUCUCUACAAAAGGUAA